AUUGUAGAUGAGAAUAAAAAGCUAAAGAGAGAAAUAUUCUUUUUCAAAGAAACCAAUAUGGGUUUGAUUGAGGGAAAGAAGAGAAGAAAAAUCUCUUAUAAUUCAGAUAACGAAUCAGAAG